AUGGCGGAGGUGGGGGGGGUCUUCGCCUCCUUGGACUGGGAUCUACAUGGCUUCUCCUCCUCUCUGGGGAACGUGCCCUUAGCUGACUCCCCGGGCUUCCUGAACGAGCGCCUCGGCCAGAUCGAGGGGAAGCUGCAGCGCGGCUCGCCCACAGACUUCGCCCACCUGAAGGGGAUCCUGCGGCGCCGCCAGCUGUACUGCCGCACCGGCUUCCACCUGGAGAUCUUCCCCAACGGCACAGUGCACGGCACCCGCCACGACCACAGCCGUUUCGGAAUCCUGGAGUUUAUCAGCCUGGCUGUAGGCUUGAUCAGCAUCCGGGGAGUGGACUCUGGCCUGUACUUAGGAAUGAAUGAGCGAGGAGAACUCUAUGGGUCGAAGAAGCUCACACGUGAAUGUGUGUUCCGGGAACAAUUUGAAGAAAACUGGUACAACACCUAUGCUUCCACCUUGUACAAACACUUGGACUCGGAGAGACAGUAUUAUGUGGCCUUGAAUAAAGAUGGCUCACCCCGGGAGGGAUACAGGACUAAACGACACCAGAAAUUCACUCACUUUUUGCCCAGGCCAGUAGAUCCUUCUAAGUUGCCCUCCAUGUCCAGAGACCUCUUCCGCUAUAGGUAA